AUCUCUCCUUAUCGUAUCGCGUAAAAUUCUCUCUACAAUUGGUUUCAUUCAAUUUCAAGUCUUGAAGGAGAUCGAUCGAUCUUUACAAAUUGAUUCUGUUCUGAUCAUUUGAAAAUGGUGAUUUAUUGGGCCGGCCGUUCUCUUUCUCGUUCAUCUCGCGCUAGAACUGUUCUACAUGGUCGCGGUGGAGGGAAAUCAGCUCCUCAGCAAGGUUCCAUUUUUCGCACUGUGUGGGGAAAGGAUGAGACUAUUGGUCGAGUCAAUGAAAAUCUAGGGUUUUUGAGGGGAUAUUUAUCUUCAAUAAAGGCUAACAAAGGAUUUGUUUCCAAGACCUACUUGUCUGAUUUCAGUUAUAUCCUUGCGAAUCCUAAAUUUCGUAGGUUGUUCUCUAGUGAAGUUCCGAAGAAGAAGAAUUAUGAGAAUUUCUAUCCAAAGCAAAAGAAGGAAAACACAUCGGGAAAUGAGCAGAAAUCUGAGUCCAAGGGAGAUAAAAAUGCUGAUGAUAAUGCCAAUUUCCAAGAAGCUUUCAUAAAGCAGUUCCAGAAGCUAAUUGCUCCCAUAUUAGUGAUUGGUCUAUUUUUCUCGUCAUUUCCUUUAGGUGGUGCUAAUGAACAGAAGCAGAUAAGUUUCCAGGAGUUCAAAACGAAGCUGCUUGAACCUGGUUUAGUGGAUCACAUAGUUGUUUCUAACAAAUCGGUUGCAAAAGUUUACAUAAGAAGCUCACCUCGCAACACAAGAGGUAAAGAUGAUGUCUUGGAGGGAGAGGGAGCUAUGGUCGAAGGACAUGGUAGUGAUAUUCCUUCUACGGCCAGCAAGAGCCAAUAUAAAUAUUACUUCAAUAUAGGAAGUGUUGAAUCUUUCGAGGACAAAAUGCAGGAAUCUCAGGAAGUAUUGGGUAUUGAUCCCCAUGAUUAUAUACCUGUAGUCUACAAAUCUGAAGUUGUUUGGCUCCAAGAGUUGCUGAAAUUUGGACCGACAUUGUUACUGUUGGGUUCCUUUUGGUUCAUGGCUAGUAGGGGGAUGCAAGGUGGACUUGGUGUAGGAGGUGGUGGGGGAAAGGGUGGUCGGAAUAUAUUCAGUAUAGGGAAAGCAAAUAUCACUAAAGUCGAUAAGAAUGCAAAAAACAAGGUAUAUUUCAAAGAUGUUGCUGGAUGUGACGAAGCAAAGCAGGAAAUUAUGGAAUUUGUACAUUUUCUGAAAAACCCUAAAAAGUAUGAGGCUUUAGGGGCUAAAAUCCCGAAAGGUGCUCUUCUGGUGGGUCCUCCGGGGACAGGUAAAACGCUUCUAGCAAAAGCAACUGCUGGUGAAUCUGCGGUGCCUUUCCUUUCAAUAUCGGGCUCUGAUUUUAUGGAGAUGUUUGUCGGAGUUGGACCUUCGAGGGUGAGGAAUUUAUUUCAAGAGGCUCGACAAUGUGCCCCUAGUAUUAUAUUUAUCGACGAGAUUGAUGCAAUUGGUCGAGCAAGGGGAAGGGGUGGUUUCUCAGGUGGGAAUGAUGAACGUGAAAGUACUCUUAACCAGUUACUUGUGGAGAUGGAUGGAUUUGGGACUACUGCAGGAGUCGUGGUCUUGGCAGGCACUAAUCGACCUGAUAUUUUAGACAAAGCUUUACUAAGGCCAGGUCGGUUUGAUAGACAGAUUACCAUUGACAAACCUGAUAUUAAAGGCCGUGCCCAGAUAUUUCAAAUCUAUCUGAAAAGGAUCAAACUUGAUAAUGAGCCUUCGUUCUACUCGCAGAGGCUUGCAGCCCUAACUCCUGGAUUUGCGGGGGCUGAUAUAGCUAAUGUUUGCAACGAGGGUGCUUUAAUUGCUGCGAGAAACGAAGUAGGGCUAGUGACUAUGGAACAUUUUGAGUCGGCUAUAGACAGAGUUAUUGGUGGUCUAGAGAAGAAGAACAGGGUGAUUAGUCAACUUGAACGGAGAACUGUGGCCUACCAUGAAUCGGGUCAUGCUGUUGUUGGAUGGUUUCUUGAAUAUGCAGAGCCAUUGCUGAAGGUGACUAUAGUACCUCGUGGUACAGCAGCUCUUGGAUUUGCCCAGUACGUGCCAAACGAAAAUCUCCUAAUGACGAAAGAACAACUCUUCGAUAUGACUUGUAUGACCCUCGGUGGUCGUGCAGCCGAACAGGUUUUGAUUGGUAAGAUUUCAACGGGAGCACAAAAUGACUUAGAGAAGGUGACAAAAUUAACAUAUGCCCAAGUAGCAAUCUACGGGUUCAGCGAGAAAGUAGGUCUCCUUUCGUUCCCUCAAAGGGAUGAUGGUCCAGAAAUGUUGAAACCAUAUAGCAGCAAGACAGCAGCAAUUAUCGACACUGAAGUUCGUGAAUGGGUGGCAAAGGCUUACGUUCGCACUUUGCAAUUAGUUGAGGAGCACAAAGAAAAAGUAGCCUUAAUUGCCGAGCUUUUGCUUGAAAAGGAAGUUCUUCAUCAAGAUGAUUUGAUUAAGGUUCUUGGAGAACGCCCUUUUAAAUCUGCCGAGCCCACUAAUUAUGAUCGAUUCAAGUUAGGCUUCCAAGAUGAAGUUCAUACCGGAGAAAAUCCAGUGGUGGAUAAUGAAUCUUCAUCUGUUGAUCCUGAAAUCGUCGUUCCAACUUAGCAAGGUACAGGCAAGAAUCGAUAUCUUUUAAAUUAACAGACUUAUCUUGUAAGUAUUCUUGUUUUACUUUUAUCCAUACGGGAAAAUAAAAAUAAAAAUAAAAAAAGUCAUGAGGAUAUUGUAAUUGUACGUAGGUUCAAUGUCUCUUGGGAAUUGUUAGAUUCAAUUUGAUUUAACUUUAAUUUCUUGAUUGUGUAAUGUAUAGUUGCUGUAUCUCUUUGACCUGCAA